AUGGCAGCAGCAAAUAACUCCCAGAACGUCAUUCGCAGGAAACUCGUCAUUAUCGGUGACGGUGCUUGCGGAAAGACUAGUCUGCUGAGUGUCUUCACCCUAGGCUAUUUUCCUACAAUCCCAACCGUUUUCGAAAACUAUGUCACCGACUGCAGAGUAGAUGGCAAGUCGGUCCAGCUGGCGCUAUGGGAUACCGCCGGACAAGAGGACUACGAACGGCUACGUCCCCUGGCAUAUUCCAAAGCUCAUGUCAUCCUCAUCGGCUUCUCCAUCGACACCCCUGAUUCUCUCGAUAACGUCAAGCACAAGUGGGUUGAAGAGGUUACGCGUCUCUGCCCCGGCGUCCCUAUCAUUCUCGUCGGGUUGAAGAAAGACCUCCGCGAAGAUCCUGUCGCAAUUGAGGAGAUGCGCAAGAAGUCGUUGCGAUUCGUCAACCACCAAGAGGGCGAUGCCGUCGCCAAGGAGAUUGGCGCCCGCAAAUACCUCGAGUGCUCCAGUCUCAGCGGCGAGGGAGUCGACGAUGUCUUUGAAGCUGCCACGCGCGCCGCGUUGCUGACCUUUGAAAAGGGCGAAGGAGGCGGCUGCUGUGUCAUUCUGUGA